CUCUCUUGAGGAAUUGGCAAAAGCUUGCUACUUUUCUCCUCUUUUCUUGUUCAAGAACAAGAUUUAGGGCCUAGAACUCCUUCUAAAGCCAAGGAAUUUUUGGAUCUGCUGCUGCCUUCUCUCCCCUUCUGCCGCCAGUUACUGCUGUGGGUAGUGGGUUCGGUUUUCUGAAUUGCCGUCGGCCUCUUUCACCCGCCAGGUCCGGUUCUGUAGCUGGAAAAAUUCUGGUAUGGAAAAAUCUCGUGACUUAGCCAUUGUUGGCCAAAGCCGUGGGUCUCCAUUGCUUGUCUGGGAAAUUGGAAAAUUGGAUUUUCCAGACGACCCUUCUCCUUUCCAGCGGUCGACCUCCAAUAAGAUGGCUGGAAAGAACGUUUGUGAAAUGAAUUGCGCCCCAGACGAUGUUGCAAAACAGAGGGUAGAGCUCUGCAAAAUGGGUUACUAAUUGCCUUGGAAACCUCCAAGGACUUCACAACCAGACAAGUGGAAUAAAAGCUACAAAUCCUAAAAUAAAUGCAAUAUCCUAAAGCAAUUAAACUAAUAUGAAGUAAUUAACAGAAAAUAACAUGCCAUAAAGAUUAAAUUCGCAG